AUGGUGAAGGAGCAAGCCAAGACACACAGGAAGGCCUGGGAAGGGCAUGAGGAAGAGGAGGAAAGUGGUGAAGGCAAUCCACAGGCCAGGUCCCAUCGUCGUGUGGAAGCAGCCUUCCACUGCCGGACACGAGAAAACAUCUCCGUCAAGCAGAGAGCACGGCAGGAGCUGCACCUCUACUACAUCCCAGCGAGGGAGGGGAUGUUCCACCGUGGCUCCGGGCUGAACCUGACCAGCGGGCAGUACACAGCCCCCGUUGCGGGCUUCUACACCUUCACUGCCACACUGCACAUCGGUGAGCCCUUGAACACCCCAGAGCAGCAGAGGAAGGGGCAGCCGUGCAGGGGGAAUCGUCUGCGGGUGCUGAUCUGCGUGCAGUCCCACUGCCAGCACAACAGCAAUUUGGAGACCGUGUCCUGGCUGGAGAGCGGUGGUGACCUGUUCACCAUCUCCGUCACUGGAGUCCUUUACCUGCAGGCUGGGCAGUAUGCCUCUGUUUUCGUGGACAACGCUGCAGGCUCUCCCCUCACCAUUCAAAGCGGCUCUGAUUUCAGCGCCAUUCUGCUGGGGGUGUGA